AUGCCGUUACCACCCAAUCCGAUCGUGAAAACCCGCAAGUCGUCAAAAUCUCUCAGCAGCGCACUUCCGCCACCGCUACCGAGCCCGACAUUGACACGCUCGACGCGAAUGCGUGCAUCCACCGAUGUUGACGCUGCUCUCAAGCCUGGCAGGCAGCAAGCUGCCGCCUCUCCUACUCCAAGUGGCACCGUUCACCCUCUGAGCUCCAUCUCUGCUCCAACCCCAUCUGUCACUGGGGGCAAUAGUUCUCUGCUCGCCUCUCCCUCCCACGGUUCAGGUGUGGCUGGCAAUCGGCUCAGCCACUCGAGCGUUGGCAGCAACGACAGCGGCGCGGAUGGCAGCUUUGGCCUUGACGACUCGAGCGAGUUCAUCUCGCGCUCGCCUCGGGCAUCGGUUGUAGUUGCGCCUGGAGAUCGUUCCCUUGCGAGCUCGGAAGAUGGGUUUGGAUCAGUCUCCAACUUGUCCAGCAACAACUCUUUGGGCGGUACGCCCCCAGGCUCGCCUCUACUGGACGACGUGGGUCCUGGCCUGACUCGCGGCAAUACACGUCGUAAACUGCCCUUUGCCUCAGAGAGCGCGACCGACAUGCGGGCGUCCAUGCGCAUGCGGCGCGGCUCCCUGUUUAAAAACCGCGACAAUUGCUUCUUUGUGGCCCACGUUGGCUUCAAGGUAUUCGAGUUUGAAGCUCCAACCGAGUACGACAAGGUCGUCUGGAUGAAAGCCAUUGGCCACGCUAUCGGAGACCAAAUCACCUCACUUUACCGCGGUACUCACGAACCAGCCAGCGCCUCCAAUGCCAGCUCUCCCGUCGCCUCCGCGACCACCACGCCGCUGCUGACCCCGCAGCAUUCUUCGGCUGGGCUGGUGACCGCCGCCAGUAUGAUCUCCAGCAACGGCUCGUCGCUGCUGCCAAGCCAUUCCACCAGCGCGAUUUUUGCGACCACUGCCUACGCGUCCGGCUCGCCACAUGCCUCGACCCCGUCGCCAGUGUCCGUUGCUGAGUUGCACUCUGCCCCGCGACCCGCGAGCCUGUCUUCACGCAAGGAUCUCAUCGAGGAAAUUUUCAUCGAGUCCAAUGUGUAGUGACGGGGCUUUUCCCAUACUCACAUCAUUCAUAGCUGGUGCUUUUCAAAUCGUCGUUGAAGGAUUGCUUCAGUUUCUGUAUUUUUUUUUUCUCAAACCAACAAAGCAACAAAUUAACAACGACAGAUUUCAAACCCGGAAAAUACAAAGACAAACUUCAUCAGACGGUAGUUUGCAAUACCAGUUUGUCUGAGUGGGAAAAAUUGGGUUGAACAUCAACGCAUGCACACAAAAUAAAAGAAUCAGAC